AUGACGUCUGCGCAAGAUAUCAGUGUGCUCAAAAAACAUAGAGCGAUCGUUAAAGGCGCGUGCACGCGGAUUCACACAUAUAUCGACGCGAUUUCUUUUGCCACUCCGGCUAUUGCUGCUCAGCUUGAGGAACGUAGAAUCAAGUUAGACGAAUAUUGGUCACAAUACAACGCAAUACAAGCGGAGAUAGAAUUGCUUGACGAAAAUGAGGGCAAUGACCGGAUCGGCUUCGAGGAAGCGUAUUAUUCGCUUUGCGCAAAGAUUCGCGAACUUCUUAAUCCAUUAUCAGCUCCGCGGGCGCAACCGACACAACCGUAUUCACCGUCUACGUCGAGCGCAUUCAAUCGAUCGGAAAAUCAUUGCAGUGUUAGAUUGCCCAAGUUGAAUCUUCCAACGUUUUCCGGCAAAUACGAUGAAUGGUUUCCAUUCUACGAUUCAUUUAAUUCAAUUAUACAUUCAAACGCGUCAAUCAGUGACGUACAAAAGUUACAAUACUUAAAGUCUACACUUACCGGUGACGCGAGUGGCGUAAUCAGUGCAUUAGAAAUUUCCGCCGCAAAUUAUCAAAUAGCAUGGGAUAUUUUAAAGGAACGUUAUGAUAACAGACGAAUGAUCGUUCACACGCACAUUAAAGCAAUAUUAGAUUUACCCUCGCUCACCAAGGAAGAUUCAACCGAGCUGCGUCGAAUCGCGGACGGGGCAAUCCGACAUGUUCAAGCCCUCAAGGCACUUAAAUGUCCCACGGCGCACUGGGACGAUCUGUUAGUAUACAUUCUAACCUCAAAAUUCGAUCCACGUACAUUACGAGAAUGGCAGUCCUCUUUAACAGGUACUGAAACUCCCACAUUUAAACAAUUUAACGAUUUUAUUUCUCAACAUUGUUUGGUGUUAGAGACCACAAACAAGGUCAGUCUCGCUUCCAAGGACACCAACAAAAAUUCACAAACCAACGCAAAACGACAAUCUACAUGUGCAGCAACAGUCAAAUCCAAGUGCAACUAUUGCAAGGGCGAGCAUCCCAUGUAUUAUUGCAAGGAGUUUUUGGCACUGCCAAUCAAGCAACGGGCGGUAGAGGUUGCAAAAUUUGCAAUAUCAAACACAAUACGUUGUUGCACCAGCUCGGCGGAGGAUCACUCCGGCACUUCCGGCACAGGGGAAUCAAGCAUACAAAAUUCCACGACAGCCGUGACGACACAUUCGUCGAACAUUCAAGGCAAAGAUCACAUAAUGCUUUCCACAGCUGUGGUCAAUGUCAUAGCCUCCGAUGGCACAUCACAUUCAUGUCGAGCUUUACUAGAUUCAGGAUCUCAAGCAAGUUUCAUUUCUAGACAACUCGCCGCAACUCUUGGUUUACCACUACGCCCGCUAAACGUCACAAUAUCUGGUGUCAACAGUACCUCAUCAAAUGCUACAAUGGCAACCAAGGUAACACUGCAAUCCAGAUUAAAUUCUUAUUGUAGGACGAUAGACUGCAUAGUAACAAAGCGGAUAACCGAGAAGCUUCCACUGACUACUUCAAGGCGUGGAGACUACAACAUUCCUCGAAACCUCAAGCUAGCGGACCCCCAUUUCAACGUUUCCUCCAAGGUCGACAUUUUGAUCGGAGCAGAAAUAUUUUGGGAGCUACUUUGCAUAGGACAAAUCGAGGCCACUCACAGCCAUCCAACUCUACAAAAAACGAGACUAGGAUGGAUUCUGGCUGGACGUCGCAGCAUCACAGCGGCGCCUGCAGAAAACGUGCGAGCAUUCACCACAGUCAUAUCCAAUGCUCAACUGCACGAUCAACUAACACGGUUCUGGCAAAUUGAACAUCUCGACAAUCAAGUCGUAAACAACAAGGACGAUGCUUACUGCGAGGAGCAUUUCGAAGCUAACGUGGACCAGAACGAACAGGGCAGAUACAUAGUAAAACUUCCAAUCAAGGAAGAAUUAAUCGGUAACCUUGGCAGCACAAGGGACAUCGCAUUACGACGCUUACAAGGAACAGAGCGUCGGUUCAUACGAGAUCCCAACUUAAGGGACCAAUAUGUCCGCUUCAUGGACGAAUAUUUAAAGCUAGGACACAUGAAGGAAGUCAGCGUGUCUCCACUUGAGGAUACAGCAUCUUUCUACUUGCCUCAUCAUGGCGUCUUCAAAGGCGCUAAACAAUCAUCCAAGAUUCGUGUCGUUUUCGACGCUUCAAGUAAGAGCGACACAGGAUUAUCAUUAAACGACGUUUUGAGAGUCGGCCCAGUGGUGCAGCAAGAUUUGAUGUCAAUCGUGAUGCGAUUCCGCACCUUCGUUCACGCUUUGAUCGCAGACAUCAUAAAAAUGUACCGACAGGUGCUCAUACACCCUUCGCAAACAUCUCUUCAAAGAAUUUUGUGGCGCAGCGACUCCAAGGCGGACAUCAAGACAUACGAACUGAUGACAGUGACCUAUGGCACGUCAUCGGCUUCUUUUCUCACAACCAGGUGCAUCAAACAUCUAGCCGAUCAUCACUCAUCUACGUUUCCCAUUGGAUCAGCGUGUAUAAGGCGCGACUUCUACGUCGACGAUCUACUAACCGGUGCAGACACCGUCCAAGAAGCGGAGACUCUUCGAGAUGAAACGAUCGAACUAUUAAGGCUAGGCGCAUUUGAGCUUGGAAAAUGGGCUUCCAACACCCCGGAAUUGCUGGACGCAACACUCAAUAAAAAUGACAAACCCGUUGUCAUCGACGACGACGAAAGCGCCCACAUCUUGGGGAUCAAAUGGAACGCCAACACAGACACGCUACAUUUUUCAUACGACCCGGUCAUGUCACAUGACGCAAUUUCAAAACCGAAAAUUCUAUCGGACGUUUCCAAAUUAUACGAUCCGUUAGGCUUACUUGGUCCAAUCAUCGUCAUCGCCAAGUUGAUACUACAAGAUCUCUGGCGAGCAGGCAUCGAUUGGGACGAGUCAGUUCCUCAGAACUUACACGCACGAUGGAUUACCUUCAAGUCGCAGUUGACGGAGCUCAACCGACUAGCAAUUCCCAGACACGUCAAAUACAGCAUUAAACGUCGACAUAUACAAAUACAUGGCUUCUGUGAUGCCAGUCAAAAUGCAUAUGGAGCCUGCGUGUACAUACGGACUGAGCUCGAUGCGAACAAGUAUCGUUCAGAACUUCUUUGCUCCAAAUCAAGGAUUGCGCCGUUGAAGGCUGUAUCAUUGCCAAGGUUGGAACUAUCUGCAGCGCUUCUACUGGCACGGCUGAUGGACAAGGUUCGAUUGUCAAUAGAUACGUCUGACAUCAAGGUGUAUCUAUGGUCGGAUUCAACAAUUACAUUGAGCUGGAUAUCCUCAGAAUCACGCAUGUUUUCAGUUUUCGUUGCAAACCGCAUAGGAGAAAUUCAACGGUUGACUCAAGCGACGGAUUGGCGACACGUACCGUCCGGUCAAAAUCCAGCCGACUUACUUUCACGAGGUUCAAAUCCAAGCGACUUAAUUCAUGCAACCACUUGGUGGAAGGGUCCCGACUUUCUGCAACACAAUGAGAAUUUCUGGCCCACCAAUCAAUUUCUACGUCAGGAGGACACCUCCGAACUUCGAAAAAUAUACGUUAACAUUGCAGUCGUUGACACCAGUGUCAUAGAAGACAUACUCAACAGUCAUUCAAACCUUGACAGAGCCUGUCGUGUUGUGGCAUAUUGCUUGAGGUUCUUACGAAGACCUGCAGGCAUUACAACACAUUUCGUCUCUCACGAAGAAACCACGGCAGCAUUGCAACUAAUGUGCAAGGUUGUGCAACAGCAUUCAUUUCCCGAGGAGUACAAGGCCUUGAGCAGCAACAAGAGCCUCAGUACAUCCAGCGGGAUUUUGACACUCAAUCCAUUUCUCGACGAUGGAUUAAUUAAAGUUGGAGGUCGAUUAAGGCAUUCAAAUCUAACACAGGACGCGCGUCACCCGGUGCUGCUACCGAAAAAUCACGAGCUAUCAAGACGAAUCAUCACGCAAGCGCAUGUUAAGCCUGUUCAUUCAGAAACCAUUAUGAGCUCCUUACCUCCUAGUCGCAUCACUGUUUGCCGACCAUUCUCAUAUUACGGCGUGGAUUACGCCGGUCCGUUAACUCUGCGAGAAGGAAAACGCAGAAACGCGCAUACUCACAAGGCAUACAUCGCCAUGUUCGUAUGCUUCGCUACCAAAGCGGUACACAUAGAACUAGUCAGUGAUUUAACCACCGACACGUUUUUAGCAGCCUUCAAAAGGAUUUAUAUCGCGCAGAGGAAAGCCUUCCCACAUGUGCAAAUAACAUGGAACUUCAUACCACCCAACGCUCCACAUUGUGGAGGACUCUGGGAAGCCACGAUAAAAUCGGCAAAAUUCCAUUUAUAUCGUAUAAUCAGCAAUGCUCAUCUAACUUUCGAAGAGAUGCAGACUAUUUUGUGCGAUGUAGAAGCGAUAUUAAAUUCACGGCCCAUCGCUCCAUUGAGCGAAGAUCCCAAUGACCUCGCUUAUUUGAGCCCCGGACAUUUUCUAAUCGGCACUACCGUAGACAGUUUUCCUUGCCACGAUUUGAGCGACAUAAGCGAAAAUAGGCUCGUUCGUUGGCAACGCGUAGAACAAUUAAGGCAACAUUUCUGGCGACGGUGGAGUUCAGAAUACCUCCACACCUUACAAGCGCGUUCCAAAUGGAAGAUUAGCAAGGGGGAUCAAUUAAAGAUCGGUCAAGUCGUAUUAAUAAAACAACAGGGGUUACACCCUCUGCAUUGGCUGUUAGGGCGCGUACAAGGCGUUCAUCCAGGCACAGACGGCGUUGUAAGAACCGCUGAGAUAAAAACAGCAAAGGGCAUUCUUACAAGACCGUUAACUAGAAUAGCAAUAUUACCUAUAGAUGACUCCAGCGAGAAACGCUAG